AAAACUUCUAAUGAGGACAUAUCUGAUGCUAAAGUUAAUGAUACAAUCAGGAAACAGAUUUCCACGCAAGAUAAUAUUUCCGAGACAGAUCUUCAAAAAAGAAAGGUCAGGCUUUUUAACAAUAUUGGUG